AUGUACAAAAAUAAAUAUGAAUUAAGAGGUAACUCUGAAUUUUUCUAUGAAAAUGAAUAUGAAAAUGAACAUAAUGAUGAAUAUAGUAUAGAGAGUGAAGACUGGCAUGAAGAUGAAAAAGACAAUUAUGAUGAUAAUUAUUUAGAAGAAAAUUACGAUGAAAGUGAAAAUGAAGAGAUAUUUAAUACACUUAAUAGUAAUUAUAAAAAUAAAAUAAAAAGAAGAUAUAACAAUAAUUCUUUAUUGAACUUAAUAGGUGAACUAAAUGUAUUAACAAAUGAAAUGCCUUCUAAUUGGACAAAUGACGAAAAAAUAAUGAAGAAAAAAAAAAAGUUGCCAAAAAUAAACUUAGAUAAAAAAUAUAUUGAAGUUGGAUGUUUAGGAUUUUGGAAAUCAUCUAGCAGUAAAAAUAAAUUCGAUCUAACAAAUUUAAAAGAUAAUAAUGUUAAUACCUACUGGCAAUCUUCUAGCUUAGCACCACAUACAAUAACAAUACAUUUUAUAAAACUUACGAAAAUUUCAAAAAUUUAUUUACUUUUUAAUUAUUUAUUAGAUGAGUCAUACACGCCAUAUGAAAUAUCAAUCAAAAUAGGAAAUGAUGAAAAUCAUCUUGAAUUCCUUUACAGUACAUUUUGUGAUAUACAUAAAUAUUCUUUAAAUAAUCCUUUUUGGUUUAUAAUAGAUGUUAAAAAUAUUACUCCUUUAUCAUAUCUUUACAAUUAUAAUACAAAUUUUUUCAAGAAUAAUGAUUUUAUAUAUUGUCGCUGCUUACAAAUCAUUAUUUUAUCAAGUCAACAUAAUGGAAAAGAUACACGCAUUAGACAAAUAAAAAUUUUUGGUCCAAAUUAUUCUUUGUAUAAAUAUGAUAAAAUGCUUAUAUAG